AUGGUAAGCCCUUUGGGCCUUUCGAAAACGGUCGAGUUAACGAACCUUCAAUCAUUCAUGCUAUGCACCGACCUCGUCAGUCGGGUCGCUCCUACGGAGUUCACCUGCCUUAAUGUCCCUGACACAAAGAUUAUUACGUUGCGUAUUGUGUUUUUGAAAGGAAACUACCCAAUCUGCAUAGACCGUACCCCACCUUUAGAACCCCGUUGGGAUGUAGCCUCACAGAGUCGUCUCUAUGUGGACGCUCUUGUCGGUGACAUUUGCCGCCUUAAUCCAUACACAAAACAGUCGACGUGUGUACAUUUUGACGGAGUGGUGCCGUACCGUUCCAAUCCUAAACACACUAUCGUGAUGUACAAACGGGAACUGCGCAAGUUGCAUUGGCCUACCCAAACGUCCGUUCUACUAAAGGAGAUUGAAGGAGAGAAAAAAAAAAGCCAUUUCAAUGAUGGCAAAUGUGACAAAAUGGGGAGAUUUUGGGGUGGCACCCAUAGACCUGGGUUGCAGGAAAAGGCUCUCUGUGCUCGUUCAGUAAGCAAGAUAAUUACAGGCUUCGCAAACCUGACGCUAAAAUCGUAUAUGACUGGUCUAAGUAUCCCCAACGGAACGACGAGGGCCAGUGGGAGAAUGUUCUGUAUCAAUUCGCAUGUCUGGAGGAUUUACCUGCCCGACUUUGACGCGGCAUCGGGAGGUACUGGCGAGCCCAGCGUUCUUCUGGAUCAAGUCAACGUGGACAAAGCUUACAGAGGUUUCGGUUUCCCGGGUGGCAUGACAAACGACGCGGAGGGUAAAGUGUGGAUCGUCUGCUACGACGAAGUGUUCCGUGUCGACCCGAACACCAAGGCUCUUCGUAUGGACGUCCGCAUACCGGCCUCAAACGUUACGUCGUGUUAUUGGGGAGGAGCUCAAACGAAUGAACUUUUCGUCACCAGCGGCUUUGGUGGAUUCGACCGAAUCGAACGCACUAAUGCCGGUACCGUUUUGAGAGUUUCUGGACUCGAUGUAUCCGGAAGUCUAUUGUAUAUGUUUGACGAGUGGAACCGUAUUGUUAUUUUUCUCGAGACGUUCAGAAUAUCCGCAGCGUACUUUGAAUAUGCUGUAUUUACUACACACGCGGGACAAAGGCUAAAUCGUAUUUCUUUUUGUUGCACGAAGACAUUAAUGACAGACUGCGACCUCAACUGA